AUGGAUAUCAGCUUUGAUUCUCUUCCAACAAAUAAAUCUGACAAAGGAUCUCAAACUGUGGCAGAGGAUUAUGAGCAAUAUGACAAAGGGUCUCAAACUGCGGCUGAAGAUCGAGAUAUGAUAUUUUUAACGAAAAAUGUAAUGAUACGUGAAGGUUCAAGGUGUUGUCGUAAACACUUAGAAGAUCAUCGUUUAACGCCCGCGUUUGUGAAUAAAAUUGAGGACUAA